AUCCAUUCAUAUUUUCACUUGGAGCGAAGCGGUACAGACAUGUAAUCAUGUUGGGGAAACUUCUGUAUGUGCUUUUAUCAGCUGUCAGAGCAGGAGAACCUUUACUGAACAUGCUUGGCAACUGAGAGAAACCAGUGAUGCGCUCCAUCUUUAUUGUUGUGUAUUUCCUCCUCCUUCCCCCUCACGCCCUGUCCCUGUGGGCCUGCACUCGCUCCUGCCCACCCAGUUGCACGUGUACUCAGGAGAAGAGCUGCAGCGUCCUGUGCGACCACGUCAACAUGAUGGACCUGCCCAAAGAGUUCCCAUGCGAGGCGUCCUCCAUCAACCUGGACAAGAACAGCCUAAAGUUUCUGUCCGAGCGAGCCUUUGGAACCCUGCCUUCACUUAAGAAACUCUCUCUUGACCACAACAACAUCUCCUUCAUCACGCCUGGAGCAUUUAAAGGGCUGCCCAACCUGGUGGAGCUCAAGAUGGCCCACAACGAGUACAUCCGAUACCUGCACACUCGCACCUUCACGGGACUCAAACGCUUGGUGCGCUUGGACAUUUCCGACUGUAACCUGUUCAACAUGCCAGACCGGAUCUUCCUGGAGCAAAUCACCCUGAAAGAACUGCUGUGUUUCCAAAACAACUUCCGACGCAUCACUGGUGCCCUCCGAGGGAUGGAAAACCUCACGCACGUUUACUUGGAGCGCAACAAGAUCGAAGCGGUGGCCUACAACUCUUUGCUGGGCCUGAGCAACCUCAAGUACCUCAACUUACAGGAGAAUCGCAUAAACGUGAUACAUGACGAGGCCUUCAAAGAUCUAGUGCGUCUGGAGAACUUCUACCUGAACGAUAAUCUGUUGGUCGACUUGCCACAGCAGGCUUUCAAGGGCCUGAGCAACUUAAAAAUGUUGAAUCUGGGUGGGAACCUGAUAACCAACAUCUCCAGAACAUGGUUCAGUGACCUGGUGCAGCUGGAGGUCUUGUACCUGGAUCGAAACCGCCUGUCCUAUAUCGAGGACGGCUCCUUUGAGAACCUGACGAGCCUCAUCACGCUGCACCUCAACAGCAACAAUCUGACGUCUCUGCCCUUCUCCGUCUUCCAGCCCAUCUAUUUAAUCGGCCGCCUGUAUCUCUUUCGAAACCCCUGGGAGUGCACCUGCGACCUGGAGUGGUUGAAGGAGUGGAUGGAGAGCUAUAAGUUGGUGAGGGACAUCCCAUGUGCAUCCCCGUCCUCAGUAGCCGGCUUGGACCUGAGCGAAGUUGUCUACAUCCACCUGAAUGGCACCUGUCUGGAUCCUCCAGAGCUCAACCUGACCACAUCUCUUCCGGACUACCCUACCAUGGAGAACAAGUUCAACAGCCUCAUCUCCAAGCUGCUACAGCAGGAAGUGAUGGAUGAGAUGGUCAACGCCACGGACGGUUUGAGGAACGGCACCCAACAGGACCCCGCCGAGAGUCAGGUUUCUUCUGGACAUGGAUUGUUCAGUGCUGCUCAGACUGUGUUUUUUCUUGUGUUUCUUUUUCAAGCCCAGAUUGCCUGCGUUAACGCCUCUUGAGAGUCUGAGGAAUUCUGAAAGGGGUUGAAGCGCAUUCAAGAGUGGAAGUAUUUUCCCAGUAGCUGAAUGGGAAAUGUUUGGAUUUAAGGCUGUGAUAAAACAUUUGAGCAGUGCGUUAAAAAUUAUAUUUGGCUGAUGUAAUAGAGUUGGAGAUCAUCGUCUCUUUAAAUGAAUGGAAACUAGUUUGAAAGGACCAGUCAAGGACCUUGAAUUGUGUUAAGCCAAUGAGACUGCAAGAGACUUUUUGUACAAAUUAAAGGCGAGACCUGCAACUAGUGGCACAAACGUUUUUGUGUCCUUUUUUAUCUCAAUUUGAUUUAAAACACAUCUUUAUAAUGCAUUUAUAUAUGAAUACGUUUAUACGUUCUGUUGCGUAACUUUGAAACAUUUGUUUUGUAGGAGAUUUAUCUGAUAAAGCUUCUCACUAUCUUUUCACCAGAUGGCAUAACACACUGUCCUCUUUUGUUUGGUUCAUUAAACUGGGUAAGUUUCCAGUUCUGGAAAAUGCAUUAGUCUUCCUCUUCCAUAAAGCUUAAGUGCACUCUGUAACAUAAGCUGCUUCAUAUUGUAACCAAAUGAAUUGGCUUUAUCAUGCUCGUUUUACUGUUAUGAACAUAUUUUCUAUAUAUGGAAAGGAAUACGCAUUGGAUGAUGCAGGAAUCAUGAGUUUCUGAGCGGUGCAUGCGAUUUCUAAAGAACCCUUUUAAUUUACCUGAAUUUUGUUCAUUUGUGAUUAAUGCUUUGAAUAAACAAAGAUCAUUGCAAAUGACUAGUAACUAAAAUGACAAAGCAUAAUUUUA